UGUCGUCAAGGAAACCGGCGUGAGCACAGGGCUGUAGACACAGUUACUGUCUACUGCAAAAAAAGGUUCUUUCAAUUAGAAGAGUAAAAACCCAUCAAAAUGGACCAAGACAAUAUACAAACUAGGCCUCCAGAGCCAAUUACUAUAACCGUCCUGAGGGCCAGGAACUUGAAAGGAACAAAGGCUGAUAGUGUCCAAGUGAUGGUAAAGGUAGAAUUUGGAGAGAAAACCCUUGGGGAUUCCCCUAAAGUCGAGUGUUCUCCUGAGGUUCCAGCUGAACUCAACUUUAGCACUACCAUCAACUGUACCUAUGAUGACCCGUUGGCCCUGGAUGAAAUUGCUCACAAACCAGUUGUCUUGACUGUGAUAGAAGGAUUACCUAAAGAGAAAAAACAAAAGGAAGAAAAGACAGCAUUGUUAGGACAAUGCACUGUGGAUUUACUGCCACUUGUCAAAGGUGAGACAAAACACAAGUACACCUUAGUUGUUAACCCUUUGCCUGGGUCACCCCUGGAAGGAAUUCCUCCUGAACAUGCCAAGCCCGAGCUGGAUGUUGUGGUGUCUGUCAACGAACCACUGAUGGACUCACCCCAGGUUAGCUCAGGGAACUUGAUGACCAUUACCAUGGAAUCCCUCUUGUCCCCUCCAGAGUCCUGGACCUUGGCCGGAUCUCAGUACUGCUAUGCUGCAGCACUGCCCAUCCCUGUCACUGCUGAGAAAGAGGCACCCAUCAUAUUUGCAGGUGGAGCGCUGAAGCCUGGUGCUGACAAGGAGAUUCCAAACAAACAAAAGAAGUGGGCCAUGCCUGGAUCUGCUCAGGGCAAUGCUAUUUAUAUCCCUGAUAGCUUUGUCUCCAGUGAUAGUAUUGAAGACGAGGAUGGAGAACUCCGUGCCAAAGAGGAUAGGGAUCACAGGAUGAACUCCGAGUCGGAGAAACUCCGAGUUCCAUGGAAUACGGAGAGAAGAUGUUAUAUGGAAAACUCCGCUGUCAAGAGUUUUCAGGACAAGAUUGCCAAGUGUCGCUACUGGCCAGUUGAGAUCAUGAGACUUCCACCUCCCGCUGCCAACAAGGGAAAAAAGCAUGCUGCUAGUCGCCAGGGAAACCCUGGUACUACAGGGAAAUCUAAGGAUGAAGAAGGCUCCAUAAGCUAUCACGGUGUUGCCUACAUUAACCUAGCCCCUCUGCUGUAUCCCGGAGUGAAGAGAAUCCGUGGUGCUUACAGAGUCCAUGCCUAUACUGACCAUGCUCUACAUGAGAAGACCAAGAGAAAGACUGGUUAUGGUGAGGAAGCUGGAAGGAUAGCAUUCAACAUCCUCAACCGUAACAGUGCCUCGCCUUUUCCAAAGAAAGCAGGGAAGGAAAAGGAUGAGAAAAAGGAGAAAGAAGUCAAGAAAGGGCGUUCCAUGAGUAUUGCAUCACAGCAUCACGGAGGUCAUACACUCAACCCCCCAGAGGAUUACAGUGUAAGUGCUAAGUCAGAGAUGGGAUCUCAUAUGGCUUCUCAGACCAUAAAGUCAGACACCGGGUCCGAAGUUGAUGGUCAAGCACCGGUCAAUGUGGAAGGUCAGCAGUAUGUGGACUCCAAGUCCUAUAUCAUGCUAGAGAUCUCACUGACCAGCCCCCUUAUCCCCAAACGUCCCCCAGAGGAGCUUGCCAGGCGAGUUGCAGAGUACAUUCCUCCCAGACCACUAUUUCCAAAGCGUACUGAUGGAGCACAGCGGUCAGUGGAGGAUUUCCAUAAUCAAGUGGCAAGUGUAGCUAACCUGAUAUUGGAUGAAUUCAGGGAUCAGUUUGGUGAUGAACUUAAGACUGAAGAACCACAGUCUAAUGAGAGUAUGGAGACAAGGAGACAGAAACUAAUCUAUGAGCUGAACUCCUCUGGAAAAUACUUUGCUUUCAAGGAACAGCUGAAGCAUGCUGUGGUGAAAAUUGUGAGAGAGAAGUAUCUUAAGACCACUACGUUUGACAACAGACAGGAGCUGCAGACUUUCCUUAGUGAGCUCUAUGUUUACCUGAUAGACCAAAUGCAUGUUGCCCUGGGCCGAAGUUUGGCCCUCGAGGACCAACCACCUGUGCCCACUCCACUCACAGACUCUGCCCAGCUCAAGCACUUUGCCCGUGAGGCAGAGGUCAAUGAGAACUUUGAAUUGGCUACCAAGUACUAUCAGGAGAGAAUUGCCCGCAACAAGAAUGAUCCUACCAAUUGGUUCGAAUAUGGCACAUUCUGUUUGUACAUCAAUGACAUCACAAAAGCUGAGGAAUGUUUUAAGGAGUGUAUUGCCAUCGACCAGAAACACCUUCAGGGAUUGCUUCUGUAUGGCGUAGUUUGUACACUCUUGGAGAAACAUGAAGCGGCUGAGACGUUCUUUGAAGCAGCAACGUGUGUGGAUCCUCGGAGCAUCCUAGCCUGGACGAUGUUAGGUUUGUUUUAUGACACUGUCAACAAUGAGAUUGGAGCAGAAAUGGCCUACAUUGAAGCCAAUAAGUUGAAUCAGGCUGCGGCAUGGUCAUCUGUCCGUCAGCAGAGGGAGGAAGAAAUGGCUAAAGACAAGAAAGACAUGGAUGUUACUGGGGAAGAACUAGAAGCCCCCCACCCCGGGGACCAAGGGGGAUUGGCUCCUCCCCCAGCUGUUGCAACAGAAACCAAACAGCCAUCCCCGCCUUCGAGUGACAAGCCUCCGACCUCCGCCAGGUCAGGAGGUGGACGGUCAAUGUCUGACCGGCGACAAUCUGCCACACGGAGAUCAGAACCCCACCUGCACCCCGACAAUUCAGGCACAGGAAGCAAACUGAAAAGCGACAGUAGCAUGUCCCGUCCAGGAAGUCAGCUAAAGCUUGGUAGCCAGAGAGGUACACCCCAACCUGCUGACGACACCCAGGAAGAACAACCUCCCAGAGAGCCAACACCAAUUCCUAAGUGCAGCGUUUACAUGCAGGCCAUCGAUUGGCUGCUUGAAGUCAAGGCCGUGCCUUUCACAGAGAGAGCUUUAGCCCAUGAGCUGUUGACACCUACAGGUGGUCCAACUUCAGACUAUCAUAUCUGUUAUGCCCGCCUCAAACUGCAGAAGAAGGAGUUCAAUGAUGCAGAAGAGAGUCUUACCGAGGCCCUACAGUUUGACCAUCAGAAUCCGGAUGCCUGGGCAUUGCUUGGCCAUGUAAAAUACAUGACCGGAGAUACAAACAACGCCAGGGACUGCUAUGAACGCACCAUAUCCUUUGUGUCAGAUGCUUCAGAGAUGCAUUCCAUCUACCUACGUCUGGCCUCCAUUUACUUACAGGAUCGUAAGUUUGAAGAUGCCAAAAAUACAUUCCUGCUGGCUUGUAAACGGUCUCCUUCCUGCGUGUCCUGGUUAGGUGUUGGUAUUGCCUGUUACAGACUCGAUGAACUUUCAGAGGCUGAGGAUGCUCUGUCAGAGGCUAAUAUCCUAAACAAUACUGACCCAGAGGUGUGGGCCUACCUUUCCCUGGUUUGUCUAAAGACGGGCCGCCAGCUGGAGUCAGAACAGGCCUACAAAUACGCUCUUAAGGUAAAUCUACAAGAUCAGGAAUUACUGGCAGAGAUACAGGAAGUACAGCAAGCAGUGGGAUUCGGAAAUCCAGAAUUUUAAAUCAAUUGACUUUUCCUGAUUUAUAUAGAUAAACUGCAAUUUUUUAUAUUAAAUCAAUCGCAUGGUAUCCUGCUAAAACAAUGUUAACAAUAUGGAUAUGAAUGAAGACCUGAAGAGGACUAAGGUGAUGGUGAUAAUCAAACAUUUUGUGAGAAGUUUACAUUUCAUUUCAAGCAAAUGAAAUAUGAUUUAAAAGUUGAAUCAUAUUCAUUAAGACCAGCUGGGACAAAAAAAAAACCCAUUCCUGUGGCAUUUGAAAUUUUAUCAUCUGAAGAA